AUGGCAUGGCGUUGUUCAGGAGCAACCAACGCCGAGCUAAUCUCCAACAUGCGCAACUCUUCCCUCAUCACCUCCUCCCGAGUCUCUGAAGCAAUGUCCCUGGUCGAUCGAGCAAAUUACGUCCGCACACCCUCGCUCGCAUACCAGGACUCGCCUCAAAGGAUCGGAUAUGGCGCAACAAUCUCUGCUCCACACAUGCACGCUCAUGCCGCCGAAAAUCUCCUUCCCUUUCUCCGGCCCGAUUGCAAAGUCCUCGAUGUUGGCUCUGGAUCCGGUUACACUUUGGCUAUCUUCCACCAUCUAACCACUUGCACAGGCGCAGGCAAGGUUCUAGGUAUAGACCACAUUCAGGGAUUGGUCGAUCAGGCGAAUUCAAACCUAGCCAAGGAUGGACUGGGAGAAGCAAUGGAAGAAGGCAAGGUAGUGAAUCUCUGCGGAGACGGAAGGAAAGGGAUGGAGAGUGAAGCACCUUUUGAUGCGAUACAUGUUGGUGCUGCAGCACCGGGAAUACCUGAAGCCUUAUUGGAACAGUUGAAGGCGCCAGGAAGAAUGUUCAUUCCCGUGGAGGAACAGGAUGGGAGUGGAAAGCAGAAUAUAUAUCAGGUUGAUAAGGGGGAGGAUGGCGAGGUGAGGAAGAAGAAGAUUUGCGGGGUGAUGUAUGUGCCUUUGACUGAUGCCGAGAGGCAGUGGCGUGGGUGA